UACGGCUGCUGCGCAUGCGCAGUAACAAACGUGCCUAUGUGGACAAGUCCUCUUCAUUUCUCUUUUUGUCAACGGAACAGUAAAAAUGGGCUUCAUAUGGUUGACUAUAUUGGUGGUCUGCAGUUUCACUAGGGCAGACCAGGACGAGAGACUGCCGAACAAAUGUGAAGUGUGUAAGUUCCUCACUAUGGAGCUUCAGGCGUCGCUGGAGAAGACUGCCCGAUCAAAAGAGGUAUUUGAGCUUGGAGAGGUGCUGGACACUGGCAAAAGAAGACGCAAGAUAAAAUACAACGCCUCGGAAACGAGGCUGACUGAGGCGGUGGACAACAUCUGUGAGGGAAUCCUUCAGUACAACAUCCACGCUGAGAGACCGGGCAGCCUACGCUAUGCCAAGGGCGCCAGUCAGACCAUGACCACGCUGAAGAACCUGGUCCACAAGGGGGUGAAGGUGGACCUCGGGCUGCCGUACGAGCUGUGGGACGAGCCCUCCGUGGAGGUCUCUGACCUGAAGAAACAGUGUGAGACGAUGCUGGAGGAGUACGAGGAGGUGGUGGAGGACUGGUACUUCCACCACCAGGACCAGCGACUGGAGAGGUUCCUGUGUCAGACCCACGUCCUCAGCCCCCCCGACCUAGAGUGUCUGGAGGAGGUGUGGAAGGGAGAACUGGGGGCCAAAGCAGUGGAGGAGGAGAAGACCACGUCACAUGACGCUGGGGAACUGUGAUGAUGAUGAUGAUGAUGAUGAUCACGAUCACACUCCGGACUACACAACGCCUCUGUUUGACCUUUGACCUUUGACCUUUGACCCUUGACCCUAGGCUGUGCCCCUGCCUGUUCUUACUCCUUCCUCCCUUCCUCAAUGUUAUCCCGAAAGGGAAAAGUAUCUCUAAAAUAGGAUGACAUGAGUUUACAUGAGAAGCCAUGGUUGUAAUAUUGGCCUGGCCGGACGUCCAAACUGCACAAUAGCUCUGACUUUCAUGAGGUAUAAACUUGCUGUCUUUUUGAAAGCCCAUUCAUGUUCAUCCAAUAAGGCUUUAUACCUGCACAACAGACUGUAGCCUAACUUUAUGCAACUAAUUGGGACACUUUUCUACGAUUUUUUAUUGUUGUCCAUUUCAGUAUUAUUUUACACUAAUGUUGCUCAGUAUUUUUUUCUGAGGAAUUUCAGACAUGUGCCUUAUGUACAGUUUUACAUCAUUAUUGCAGUAUUUUUAUAUUUGUUAUGCUUGUUAUUCUGCCUUUCAAAAUGAUUACUUGGUGGCACUUUUAUAGGCAAUUAAUUGACGAACAUACAACUGUGUCAAACUGUUCCGACACUAAAUACCAUGUCAUUAAAAGUUUUAAAAAA